UAUAGUCACUAGCUGUCCUUAAAAAAAAACAGGUUAUCAUCGUUUCUCCGACAGCCCGACCUCCGCAAGUUCUACCGUUCUGAUUGUCAUCGCUUUUACGUAUUUUCUUAAUUCUUGGUGCACAAGACUUGCCCACAGCUCGUGGUCAUUUUUGUUGGUUCCUCUUUUAUAGGCGUUGUAUUAAAGCGUUUUUAUAAAAAAUAUUGAAAAUCGUAAUACCCGUUUCUUUUAUCACCGUUUUACCGAUAACAUAUCCAAUUUAUCGAAUCAAUAAUUAUCGUCAUUCACUUUUUUUGAAGUCUUUUUGAAGACUAGUGUAUUGCAACAUUUUUCUUUGACUUGUUCAAGUUAUUAGAGAAAGUUUUAUUUUUUAGUUUUCUUCAAUAAAAGUUUUAAAUUCGCCCAAUCAAUCAUGGCUGAAGGCGACGCUGGAACAGAUAGUGAAACUAGACCAAAGGGUAUUGAAGCUCUUAAACAACAUGUUAUAUCACAUAAAGUUGAAGUAUCUCUUUGGUGUACAAGAUUGGCAACAAUUGUUUUUACAUUUGCAUACAUUCUGCCACUUUUCUGGAACCCAGCUAGUGCGUAUUAUAGAAUUUUAUUGGCAAAUGCAGCUACAAGUGCAUUGCGUCUUCAUCAACGUUUGCCAGCCAUGCAAAUUUCUUUACAGUUCCUGACACAAUUAUUCAAAGAAGACAGUUGCCAUUACCUAUUGUACUCAGUGAUAUUUUUAUAUGUGUCACCCAAUAUCCUUGUAAUCCUGCCAGUGUUUUUAUUUUCAACGGUACACUUUGCCAGCUAUUCUCUAACUUUACUUGAUCUUCUUGGUCAAAAUGCAUGGUGGGGUGCUCGACUAUUGAUAUCUUUGGUUGAGUUCCAAUCACGAAGUAUAUUACGCCUGAUUGCCUUCUCUGAAAUCUUAGUUAUGCCUCUCACAUUAUUCAUGUCAUUCUUUGGCCGCUCUGGAUUGUUGUCUAUUGUAUUCUACUAUCAUUUCCUCACAUUACGAUAUGCUUCACAACGUAAUCCGCAUACAAGACUAAUGUUUACAGACCUUCGUAUAGCAGCUGAAAACUUUGCAAACAAAUCAGGCACACCGUCAUUUUUGCGAUCUGCUAUUUUAUCGGGUAUUGCUACCAUUAGUCGGAUGGCUCCCGUAGUACCACAAAAUUAAUAAUCUUUGACUUAUUCAUUGUCAUUAUCAUAUUUUUAUUUAAGUACAUGUUGAUGGGACUUAUCUAACACAUGUUUCAUUAGUCUUAGAGAUAUAGAAAUGCCAUUUGGAUAAACGUACUAAAUGUAUGAAAAAUAUUGCUUGGAUUUUUUGUUUAUUUAUUAUUAUUUUAUUAUUUUAUUUGGUUCCGGUUCUUCUAUUUAAAAUAAAAUGAAUAUUUAAAUUGUACUUUAGUAUGUACUGUUUGUAUUCAGAAAUUUAUGUUUAUGGUAUUUUCAUUAUGGACUAAAGUUAUUCUAUUUAAUAUUUUUAUUUUAAAUGUGUUUCACAAGGGUUUGAAUGUUUGCCUUUUUGUUUUAAAAUAAUACAUUUGAUCAAAUUUAAUUUGAAUUACUUUAUAAUAGGUUUACUUCUAUGCGUGCAUAAAGAUUAAACAGUAUAUUAUACCUUUUAUAAAUUAAAAACUAACCUUAAUAAAAUUAAAACUAAUAUUGUUUCUUAAUUUUUAAGUGUUCUGUGAUUUAAAAAAAAAUAUUUAUUUAUGUAUUAUUUUUUUUUUAUGAACAUAGUAUUAUAAUUUAUAAAUUAUAUUGUAUUCUCCAAGUAAAUAAGAUCGUGUGAAUUCAUUAAAUAGAAUACAAAAAAAUGCAUUUAAGUUUGACUGACACAAGUACAACAUUCAAUAUUAUUUUAGAUUAAAUACAAAAAUUAAUUUAAUUUUCUGGAACUUUCUAUUCUGUUUACAAUUACUCUAGAAGGUUUAUUUAUAAAAUAUUUUAUCCAUAAAAUGCCACUUUAUAGCCUUGAAAAUAUAAUUAUAAAUUUUAAAAUAUUGUAUUAUUAAAUUAAUCUACUAAAAAAAUAGUAUUCCUUAUACCUAAAACGUUGCCAAAUAUAACAUGAAUACUUACUUGUGUAUAAACCAUAUUGUAAUGAAUUAUGAAUUUUUGUUUAUUUUAUGUGUACACAGUAGGUAUGUACAAGGUAAUUAGGUACUUGAAUAUAAUAUUUUGUGUUAGAUGCAAUGUUAAGCAGUUAUUUGAUAUAACUUCAUUAUAAGCACUUAAGUUUACUUUAUUUAUAUUUUAAACUCACAAACAGUAAUAGAUUAAUUUUAUAUAAAUCAUUGUUUUUAUUCUUUUGUAAAUACAAAAUUUGCCUGAAUAAAAUUAAGGUUUUGGUUAAUA